UACAAAGCAGAGCUAAUGGUUAAUUGAUGAGUGGAGCGUGACAUGCACCUACGUCGAGGGAAGUGAAACAACAUGGGUUAUCCAUCCAAGUAAAGGAGUUCUCUGAGAUGCUGCGAUGAAUGCAUAAACGAAAUUUUUAAGUACUCUUAAAGAGAGAAUCAUACAGAGUGAGUUGUAAUGCGGUGAACCAAGGAACAGGAAACUCAACUACUGCCAGGAUGUAAAUUCAACUCAUUUAUAUUGCAUGGAUAUCCUCCAAGAGUUGAAAAAUAUGAAACGGUUAAUAAUUCUGAGUGUUCCAUGAGAUUUUUGGUAUGCAAGAGUGUUAGGAAUUUGAUUUUCUACAAGCAGUGUUCUAAUGUACGUGCAGUGCUUAUACAUCUAGCAGUAAAGUACAUGAUGGGUACAUACUCCAAUAGAAGCCAUAUCACACCAGAAACUAGCACAGGGGCAUCUGUUCCACAUUUUUCCUGGUUUUAUUCUAGAAGUUUUUACUCUGCACCAAAAACCAGCUCAAUUCAUUCUCAAGGAACUCAAAUUGAUUCACAACCAGGUCUACCUGUUGCUCCUAUUUGUUCUGUUGCUCCUACAACUGAACCAGCAAAGAAUAAUAACUCAGGAACUAAACCUGCAAAGGCUAGGAAACAGAAGCCUUCUUUAAAGGGUUCUAACCAAAUUUCAUCCAAAACUUUGAAGCCAAAACAACCCAAAAAGACUUCUUCUAAAAAGAACGGACAUAGCAUGCCUGAAGCAAUACGUGAAAAAAGGAAUCUCAAUGUUGAUAUCGAUAGAAUGAACUAUGAUUUAUCUGGGGUGCCAUCUCCAUUUUGCUCCUGCACAGGCAUGCCUCGAGUUUGCUACAAAUGGGGUGCUGGUGGAUGGCAGUCCUCAUGUUGCACUAUUAGUAUAUCUGAAUAUCCUCUCCCCAUGAGUUCCACAAGGCCUGGGGCUCGCAUGGCUGGGAGGAAAAUGAGUAAUGGAGCAUAUGUGAAACUUCUGCUGAAACUGGCAGCUGAAGGUCAUGAUCUUUCCCAUCCAGUUGACUUGAAGGAACAUUGGGCUAGACAUGGUACUAACAAGUUUGUUAUAAUCAAGUAGAGACGAGGAAAGUUGGCAGUUAGAUAUAUAUCGAUUACCAGCUAGUAUAAUUCCUAUCUUUUUUCUGGUAAGUUGUAGUCUAUUAUAAGGAAUGCUUCUAUGUAGUUUGUAAAUAUAGUUUCCUUAGCACUUGCUUAAUAUCUAGAAACCUUAUCUUUUCCCCAUAAGCUGUGCUUUGCACGCAGAUACCCAUAAUUUUGGGUAACAUGCUUAUUUUGGCAACUGUUCAGUGCUUCUGAUUCAGUUUUUAGUUUGCUAGCAUCCUGUGUAGUAUUUAUCAAAGGUUGGAAACUUGAAUAUCCAAAUGUAAGUUGCAA